AUGACAACUAGACCUUCAUCGACGCAAAGACCGGGAUUCACGGUUGUAGUUAUUGAUCAUUCUGCUUUACCUCCUCCACCACCUCCACCCAAUUGUCUAGUUAAUUAUGAAAAUUUCUUGGGGUUUUUCGUUAAUACGUAUUCUAAUUCAAGUGUUACAAUCACUGAAGCACUUUCUGACACGUAUUACAUUUGCGAGGGCAACUUUUAG